AUGAGCGACACAGGCUCUGGCGACCUUCAGUCAAAGAAGAACGAAUUCCAGCAUCUGGAGUUAAGCGAAUCGGGUCCUCCUGUCCAAUUGGAAGGAGCAGUCCAUUCGUCGUCAAUGGAAUCUAGUACUUCUCGCCAGGCUGUCGACUGGCCACAAUGGAAGAAGAAUGCUACGAUUCUGAUGGUCUCAUUUUCACUCCAUGAUCUCUUUUCUUCAAUGGCAGAAUCUUAUGGCGUGUCCCUUGCUGACGCAAGCUAUCUGGUGUCCAUUCAAAUCGUACUACUUGGAAUAGCACCAAUUUUCUGGAUUGUCAUCACAGAAAGAUAUGGCCGCCACUAUAUCCUGAUCUUUUCGGUCCUUGCGAGUAUGGUAUGCAAUAUCGGAGGCGCCCGGUGCGAAAGUUACGCUAGCCAAAUGAUCACUCGUGUUUUGACUGCAGCUUUCAUAUCUCCACCGAUUGGAAUUGGAAGUGGAGUGGUGGCUGAACUAUCUACUCCGGAUGGAUAUGCCCGGAAGGUGGGAUGGUGGGUUUUGAUGACCAUCCUCGGUACCCCCCGGCUGCACAUUCGAGUGGAAUUCAUAUUCUGGAUAUUUGCCAUCAUCAAUUUCUUGCAAGCGGUCGCUUAUAUCUGCCUUGGCGGAGAGACGCUUCGUGUUAUGGAACCUGAGAAUGAUGCUGCAAAAGAAAAAGUCUCGAUCUUCCGUGGGUUGCUGCCCAAACGACUUGAUGCGCGUCCCAUCAGAAUAUCGGAUUUUGUGUCUCCAUUCCGCCUAGCCAAGAACCCUCGGAUCUUGGUAGCAGCCCUAGCUACUGCUAUCACCUUCUGCUAUGCAAAUAUCGUCUUCGUGGUCGGUGGGCCAAUGUCCGACUACUUCAUGAAGGUCUAUCGAAAGCGCAAAGGCCGAGUCUGUCCGGCCGACCGCCUCUGGUUGACUUAUAUUGGUUUCCUCACUAUCAUUGCUGGUCAGCUCGUUUGGGGGUUUCAACUUGAGCGGGCGAAUUCUUGGAAUGUGACCCCCUGUGUGGGAAUUGCCAUUGCCAGCUUUGGCAAUCAGAUUUAA